AUGCUCAAGCUGUGCAUGGAAAAUGACACAUGCUAUGUAUAUUGGAACCUCAGAUUACGAAAGCACGUCAGCAUACCGAAACAGUUUGUCAACGACAAUCAGGUCUCGAUGAUCGAAAUUGAAACGCGUGACCUUGUACAAUUGACGGUUCUUACGGCGUUGAGCUUUUCCAUGGAGAAUGUCUUCCAAGUUAUACCGAGGUCUUUCUUCCAGGCCGUUAUUCCAGAUGACCAAUUCCAAGGCUGGCUAGACAAAUUCUGGUAUCAUAGAAAGAUGAAGAGUUUCUUGAUCAAAGAUACCACACGACAGGCGAUUCAUUCUUUAAAGAAGUGUUUUCUCUGGCCUCCCUCAAAUGCAGCCGAGGAUCUGCCUCAUAAUUUUUGGGAUAUCUGUUUCCAGCAUGAAGUCAUCGAAGUGGUCUUCAGCCGGUGGACCAAAGGGCUGGUGGAUUUUCAGGCAAUCGUGACGAGUCCAGCAAGUUACCCGCCACGUCAGUGGUUACACCACUUAUUCGUCAUCUUAAUGGAGCUCAGAUGGAAGUUUGAUACGUCAUCAAAAGACACCAGAAGUUUGACGUCUGGAACUAUACUGGGCGCAAAGUUUGUCGUGUCUUCCCUAGCACAACAACAACAUCGUGGGGUAGCUCCCCAAUGCUUGUGCAGAGAAACAUGGGACGACGUUAUCGAUAACUUUGAACAUGAUGUUCUGGCAACUUGGGAUAGACCUCCCAUCGAAUUUACUGACUUGGACUGCUACCCUUUAGUCGAGGAUAAUCGACUGCCCAAGACUUCGAUCUGGAAGCAAUUCUCUGCCUUCGCAACCCGCCUUCGAGACAACCCGCCCCAGAACUUGCCUUCAGCUCUCGUAAACCACUUUACGUCCUUCCCUCCCGGGCAUAUCGGCCAAGGAGAUUUGCUUUAUGUAGGCUGUCAGAUCCCUAGGAAAACUCGUCCUACUGCUGAUAGCUCUCUGCCAUCCUCUUCAGCAGCCAAUGAGAGAGUAAAGAAGCCUGAAGGCAAAACGCCCGAAAGACAACUCCCCCAAGCCAGAAUCUAGC